AGUCAGAAAGGUAAAAGUCUGACAGCUGUGAGGCAGCCUUACACCCACUGCAAUACUAACAUUCCACUCAUAGAAUCUGCUUUAACAUUUACUGAGCUGGAGUUCUUACAGCCUCUCCCACUCACUGAGCUGAGUGACAGCCUCUCCCACUCACUGAACUGAGUGAGAGCAGAUUCACUCACUCGUUCAAUAGGUAAACUCUGGAGCACACUCACUGCCUCUCACUUUAAUUGGAGCACACUCACUGCCUCUCACUUUAAUUGGAGCACACUCACUGCCUCUCACUUUACUUGGAGCAUACUCACUGCCUCUCACUGUACUUGGAGCACACUCACUGCCUCUCACUGUACUUGGAUCAUACUCACUGCCUCACACUGUACUUGGAUCAUACUCACUGCCUCUCACUGUACUUGGAGCAUACUCACUGCCUCUCAGACACUGAACUUGGAGCAUACUCACUGCCUCUCACUGUACUUGGAGCAUACUCACUGCCUCUCACUGUACUUGGAGCAUACUCACUGCCUCUCACUGUACUUCGGAGCAUACUCACUGCCUCUCACUGUACUUGGAGCACACUCACAGCCUCUCAGACACUGAACUUGGAGCAUACUCACUGCCUCUCACUUUACUUGGAGCAUACUCACUGCCUCUCACUGUACUUGGAGCAUACUCACUGCCUCUCACUGUACUUGGAUCAUACGCACUGCCUCUCACUUUACUUGGAGCAUACUCACUGCCUCUCACUUUACUUGGAGCAUACUCACAGCCUCUCACUUUACUUGGAGCAUACUCACUGCCUCUCACUGUACUUGGAGCAUACUUACAGCCUAUCAGACACUGAACUUGGAGCAUACUCACUGCCUCUCACUGUACUUGGAUCAUACUCACUGCCUCUCACUGUACUUGGAGCAUACUCACUGCCUCUCACUUUACUUGGAGCAUACUCACUGCCUCUCACUUUACUUGGAGCAUACUCACUGCCUCUCACUUUACUUGGAGCAUACUCACUGCCUCUCACUUUACUUGGAGCAUACUCACUGCCUCUCACUUUACUUGGAGCAUACUUACAGCCUCUCAGACACUGAACUUGGAGCAUACUCAAAACCUCUCACUUUACUUGGAGUAGACCAAGUGCCUACUUUGAUUGUGUGAAGCCAGUGUAUUGACCCAGCUGUGUUCUGAAGAAAGUGUGAAAUCUCAGAUCGACUCAAUCCAUACACUCCCAGAAGUCCAGGUAUUUCACUUAAAGAUGGUGGACACCUUGGCUAACACAGAGAUCAAUACUCAACGAAUUGCCGCUGUUGAAAGUUGUUUUGGUGCCUCUGGUCAACCUCUGGCAAUGCCAGGAAGAGUACUUGUGGGUGAAGGAAUAUUAACAAAGGAAUGUCGGAAAAAACCCAAACCACGGAUUUUCUUUCUUUUUACUGACAUCCUGGUAUACGGAAGUAUUGUGAUCAAUAAGGUCCGUUACAACUGCCAACAUAUUAUCCCUCUGGAAGACAUCACUACAGAAAUACUUCCAGAUAGCCAGGAUAUGAAGAACCGAUGGAUGCUAAAGACCUCAAAGAAGUCAUUUGUGGUUUCAGCUGCUUCAUACACUGAAAGGGUUGAAUGGAUUGGUCACAUAAAUGAAUGCGUCAACCAACUUCUGAAGAAGACUGGUCAACGGCGUCCGACUGUGCAUGCUGCUGCCUGGAUACCAGACAAAGCCACUGAUAUAUGCAUGCGCUGUACGGAAACUAAAUUUUCAACAUUAACACGUAGGCAUCAUUGCCGCAACUGCGGAUUUGUUGUUUGCCAAGAAUGUUCCAAGUACAAAUUCCUGAUACCCUUUUUAUCGAAAAAACCCUCAAGAGUCUGUGUGCUGUGCUACAGAAAGCUGACGUCCGAGAAAUUAUCAAAGGAUAAUGAAAAGGAAAAGACCGACCUCCGCUUCCACACUCGAGCUCCACAACAUGAACCAUCCAGUGAUGACGACAGUGAAGAGGAUGAACGGACUACCCAAUGGCCUUUAACUGAAGAGUUCUAUAGCACUUCCUGGUCUGCUUUUCAUGCCUGAUCAAUGUAAUUAUGUUGUGUUUACCAAAACAUUCCUUAGUUUUUGUUUGUUUUUUGUGCCAGAAAGACCUUUUUUGUGCCAAAUGGAUAAUGCUGCUGUUGAGAUUUUUUUCCAUGAUUGACUAAUGUAGUUUUUUUCCACUUAAGGUUAAAAGGAGAUGGAUGACUGAGCUAGCACAUGUUGAAUGGCCAAGAGAUAGGUGCUGUUAAGCAUUGCCUUGAUGCAUCAACUUAAUUCUUGGCAUUUCCUGAAAGAAACCUGGCCAAAUAUUAAAUGGAUUCCAGACAUGCCACUUGACUACAGAAUUGUAAGGCAGAGAUAUCAGAUACUGCCACCAUUAGGGGGUACUCCUUGCCGUGAUGUUUAGAUGGGCUAACUCCCAGAAUUACAUAAGUUAAUGUUCGUGCAUCCCAUUUUAAACCUUUUUUUUUUUUAAAUGUAUUUAUUUUAUUUUAGAUCAUAUGUACUUAUAUCUGCAAAUUGAACUGUGUAUUGGGCGUAGACAUUUUGAAUAAUAUGUACAUUUUCCUGCUGUUAUGCCAAUUUACACAUUUUCAUUUUCCAAAUUUUAUCCUGAAAGUGUUAUGAAAUAGGAAAAGUGAGGUUACAUAGACUCCAAAGGGACUUCACGUGUCUUCUUCCUGAAAGUAAAUGUCAAGUGGAAGAGAUGAGGUCGUAUGGACUUCAACGUGGAACUGUUUUUUGGAGUUUAUUUAAGAAUUUGUUGAGGAGUUAGCGUUUGAGGUAAGAAAGGAAUCAUACGAUAUGUAAUCGUUUU